GUCGCGCGCAUCGACGUGCGUAUCUGCGUAAUCAAUUAAAAAGGAGAGGAAAAUCGUGUGCAAUCUUUCUCGUUCGAAGAGAUACGCGGCCAGGGCGCGUUGAAGGAUCUGUGUGAAUGAAGCUGGAUGCUUGCUAGCAUCUGGACGAUGACGAAGGGACAAAGUUAGUUCUGGGUUAGUUAGGUCUGGAUGAAGAAAGCUUGGUUAAGGGAAGUGAAGUGUCCUGGACAAGACGACGAUCAGAGACUGUUGUGACUUGUAUACACAGAAGUUCUGGUACCGGUGCAACGUCAUCUAGGAAGCAGCUACGACUAUGGUGGUGCUGAGUCGCGUUGGGUCGCCGACGAUGUCAGCGACUGUUGCCGGCAACCAGCAACAGCAACAUCCCCAUCAAGAGUGGGACAUUAAUGACUCAAACGUGCCAAGGGUAGUGGAGUACGAUCCCUGGUGCGAAUGGGCGGAUGGUCACGUAAGAAGAGUCUACGGGCCAGACUGUGAAGAAGCGAGAAGACACGCGUCCGGAUGGGCGAUGAGGAACACGAAUAAUCACAACGUGAGCAUCUUGAAAAAGUCUUGCCUCGGUGUGUUGGUAUGUUCGCAAGAAUGCAUACUACCUGGCGGUGGAAGGGUUCACCUUCGACCGGCGAUUUGUGACAAGGCAAGGAAAAAGCAACAAGGAAAGCCAUGCCCGAACAGACAAUGCACCGGUCGGCUGGAGAUACUUUCGUGUCGUGGCCAUUGCGGUUAUCCAGUGACGCAUUUUUGGCGACACACUGAGCAUGCGAUAUUCUUCCAAGCCAAGGGACAACACGACCAUCCACGACCGGAAGCGAAAUCUACAUCCGAGGCGAGGAGAAGCGUGGGUGCCGGCCGAAGGGUGCGCGGACUAGCAGUUCUUCUGGCGAACGAGGCUGCUUUGGGUUCCAAAUUAAUGUCACUACGAGGAACGAAAAGACCAAACUCGGAAGCAAUCGAACCGCCAAGGACGACGCAACCGCCGCCACUAAUACCGGACAAAGGAUACUCCUGUUCCUGCCCGCCAUUUGAAUGCAUGUGUGGCCUGCAGACUAACGCCCCGGCUUAUCAGCAAUCUCAUCAUCAUCAGACAACCAUGUAUCCUCAGCAAACAGCCCCGAACGACACCCCCUACUGGCUCCAAGACACCGUGCCAUCCCAAGAGAACGCUCUGGGGUACAAUCUUCCCAACCAGGUGCCCCACGAGGCCUCCUAUCCCGAUUUUCCCUCGUUCACCGGAGAACUGCUCCAGCCGGAGGAGAUCUUCCAGCUGGAUCAACCCCUUAGACCAGAGUUCACGAUGAAUUCUCAAGAAGUGGCUAGAUCGCCGCCUACCUUGCUCGAUCUUGGAAGCGGCACGAUUAAAUACGAGAUGAAACAGCAUCAGGAUCAGGGAUAUUGGAAUCAAUUUCUCAGCGAAGAUUCCAGCAGCAGUCACUUGAGCAUGCCCCAAGACGACCGACUUCAGUUCCCUGGUUUCGAGACGGACAAAGACUCCAAUGGCUUCUGCGUCAAGAGACCCGUGAACCAUUUCGUUUCCAACAAGGAAGUGAACCAAAAUCACCACUUGAACAAUCCAUUGAACUUCCAGGAUUACCAACGACACCAGAGUCACAAGAGUUUCGUGGACGGGCCGGUGAAGAACGAUCAAGAGGCGAGCUAUUGGGCCCAGAGCCAUCAGGACGAUCGUUUGAACUUCCCUGGCUUCGACCCUCACAAAGAAGAGGAUCUAUUGCCGCCUAGAAGAGACAUGAACUGUUACCCUAAGGAGAACUGUCAACCAGAGAAUUACAACGUCUAUUCUAAAAAGGAGAACGGAAUGGUGGAUCCUUUACGCCCUAGUCGCAGUCCCAUGGAGAACAAACAUUAUUCCUACACUGACGGCUACAGUCAGAUGUUCGAGCAGUCGGACGGGAAGAAUCAGUUAACCAAUCGACCUAAUCAGACCACGAACCGGAUGGUUCUGGACGAGAGAUUGCAGAAUAAUUAUGGCCGUGAAACGAAUCCUGACUCGGCCGAGAGACUCUUCCCAGAUUCGAACGGCAUGGAGGCGACCAUGCCAGCGCAGAACAGUCCGGAACCUUUCUUCUAUCCAAGUAACGAUCGUUGUCAUUACACUUGCGAGGUACUCGACACACGGUUGCCCCAAAUGCCCAUGAAUCCGACAGUCGCGCAAUCGGCCAUGAAUAAUUAUGGCGACGUGAGCGAGCUGGAUCUACCGCCUUUCGUUGAUUACACUCUCGUAGGGAUGCUGUGCUCCACGGAGGAGGACACGUCGAGCUUAUUACCCGGUUGUCCCCAAAACGGACAGAACUACGUUCCCCACCAUUAGACCCCUGAUCACGAUCUUCGUUUGUAUCAUAAAUACGAAAUAUACGAUAGUUGCGCCUCAAAACACAGUUGCGAGUGUCGAGCAGUUUUGUUUCCCGCCCCGUCGAUACCCGUCGAUACGCUGAUUUUUUGCGAAUUCCGAGAGACAAGUUCUCUCGACGAGAGCGCUGUAACUUACGUUGAACUGAGAAGUUUCGAGCUGUUAUUUAAAUGAAGGAAAUAAAGGAAUUUUUGUUAACAGGAAACUCUACUGGCAAUUGUA